CUUGUCAAAAUACUAAUAAUUAAACUGGCAGGUCGAAAAGCAACUUCAGUUGCUGUUUAAGCGUUCAGCAUGCAGCUAUUAAGCUGUUCAUUGUUUUUCUUAGGCCUCAGCCAAGUCUUGGCUACAGAUUUGUGUAGUAUUUCAUCGUGCAAUGGCACACAGCACUUGGGCUGCAACAACAAUUUGAUCUUUCAUGGCAGUUGCUUGAAGAAGCGUGUGCUGGUCAAUAUGCAAGUCUAUGAGGACUAUCUGGUAAAGAUACACAACAAAUAUCGUGAUGAUGUAGCGUCCGGUGAUAUUCCAGGUCUAGCAAAAGCAACCAGAAUGCCAGAGAUGCUGUGGCAUUGGAAACUCGCGCUCUUGGCAGAAUAUCAUGUGAAGCGUUGUCUUCGUAAUCUAUCAAAGUACUGCGUGGCAUUGACAAAUUUCACAACUCCAGCUGUGAGUUAUGGUGUGAGCUGGCUGAAUGUGGAGAGAAUGCCCGACUACAAUCCCAAAAUCUACUCUGAGAAGAUUACCAUGCAAGUGGAUCAAUGGAUGGUUCAGGUCUAUAAGUUGGCACAUUUCUAUGGAUAUGGUGAAAAUUUGGUGGAGAUUGGAAAUAUACUCAACGAACGUAACUUCUUUUUGGGAUGUGCGGCAGGUGAGGAUUACGAUCGCAGGAACAGUCGCUUUGUGCUCAUCUGCUACUACGAUGAGCAAUACAACUCACAGAAUCCGCUCUACAAACCCGGUCCCUUUGAGGCAUCUCAAUGUCCUCGAGGUCGCAGUGACAACUAUGCACAUUUGUGCAAGCCUCAUAAGGAUGUCGAAGACUAAGGAAGUGCAGCGUAUUGCAAUUUAAUAAAACCGCAUAAAACAAA